UUAGACAAAAUUGUUAUCACACAAGAGACAAGACAAACACACAAACGUCAAAUGCAUUUUGCUCUAAUUUUUAUGUUGCAUUUGCAUUAAAAUUGUUAACAAGAUAAAACAAUUCCAUAGAAAGUCAAACAAUUAGCAGUUUCUCACUCAGUAGAAAUGCCGCAUUUGAAAUUGAUUUCUUUUAUUUUGAUACAUUUGGUGAUAAAAUUAAGUGAUUCUCUGCCGAGCAAUGACACAAAUUCCAUGAAACAAAUUUCAAAAAAUAUAUCGAGUCAGACCAAUAACUCGUCAUCGAAUUCCAUACAAAAUAAUGUUCAUUCUAUUAAUAUUACUAAAAAUAGCUUCCAAGCUAAAGCCUAUGAUGAUACAUCUGAUACAAAAAUGAUCUUCCAGCCAUAUCCGAACGAAGGCGACAUUCCGGAGUCUUUCAAGAUGGGAUUUUACUUCUUCAUCGGACUGAGUACUGUUGGAAUUCUAUUCAUAUUGAUUAAGAUUAACAGGAUGCGACUUUCUCGAGCAGAAAGAAAGUAUGGUGUUCAUGGAGACCGUACUACUCAGGAACUUACACCACUUCCGAUGGCUAUCGAAGACGACAGCGAAAACGAAGAUCAUACAGUCUUCGAUAUUAAUAGACAAAUAAGGGUAUCCUAACUUACGCGCUUGAGUUAACAGAUUUGCCUCUCUCUUUCCAUGAUAAUUUAUUUAAAAGAAUACUCAACCCCAAACUCAUUUACGUCUUGAAUAUCUUCAAACUUUUGCAUUUAUUGGUUCUUUCUGUCCAAUAUCACUAAAAACCUAUUUUCACAACUUACUCACUGAUCGGGCUUUCUCGUAACAAGUAUGUGAUAUUUAGAGAUAUCGAAACAACUUUAAAAAUAAAAACUCAUUUUGAAAUAAAAAAGUGGGAACUUAUUUAAAUUAAAUUCUGGUUGUUUGGAAUAAAAAGCAGCUUUGUCGACAACAAUGCAACAUAUUUAACAGUAUUACAAGUUAAAACUCCUAAGACAAUGGAUAAUUGACAUCCCUUAUGUUUGUUUAAAAGCGAUAGUAUUAAUAUUUUUAAACAGAAAUCAACUCUGAUUCUGCUUUUGAUUGAUUUUAAAAAGGGAAAUUGCAAAUAUCUUUCUUUUAUUGAACACUAAGCUCGUGGAGGUUAACUAAAAAAUUCUCAUAAAUUUAGUGCAAUUUUUUACUAUUCAUGCUAUUGACGGAAACACAAAUUUUUGAAUUUUUGGGAACCUACCUAACUUAUAAGAAAUUCAAGAUUGAGUUUUAAGUAAAAACUUAUGUUUUAAUACAAGUAAUGAAUCUUAAAAUUCAAAAUAUUUUGAUACGAUAAAUUACAAAGUGUGUAGGUAAUGAUUUAUAAUAUAACUAUUAAUGUUAAUUCAUAACAAGAAUCGGGUUUAUUGAAUAAAAAAUGACAUAUAACAAUUUUAGUGAAAUUUUGAAACUAUUUAUAAUAUUUUGAAAUAAAAGUAUCUUCAAAAUCUUAA